AGCCGACAUUUCAAGUGUCAAUAGCAUUUGUCAUCGGCUAGCCCUGCUAAAGUAACUUCUUCCCGUAUUCAUUCAACUCCGAGGCGCAUCUGUUCGAAAAUUUUCGAUAAAAAUGUCAGCAGACGCAGCGAAAACGCAAAAGCAAAACGAGAAAAUCUUUGCAGAAUUCCAAGCUCUCAGAAAUGAACAGCGGCACCUCGCAAACAAUUUGAGCACGCUCGAAAUGGACCUCAAAGAACACAAAUCUGUGAUUGAAACACUCAAAACAAUUGACGAAAAUCGUAAGUGCUUUCGGCUAAUCGGCGGCGUCCUUUGCGAGCGCACCGUAGGGGCCAUCCUGCCGCAGUUGAUAGAGAACAAGGAGCAGCUCGAGAAGACCAUCAGCAUAGCGACAGAGCAACUGACGAACAAAGGCCUCGAAUUGAACCGGUUCAAGGAGGAGCACAACAUCCGCAUCCGAGGUCAGGAACCCGCGAACAGUCAAGCAAAGCAGGACAGUGACAAAGUUCCGGAGGAGUCGCAGGGCAACCGGAACGUUUUAGUGGUUAACAACUAGUAGGCGCGUCUCCUCCCCACUCGAGCUUAGGCCCGGCCGCUGGCUGCCGAUCAAAUCUUUCGCGUUCGUCGUUCUUUUCGAACCUCUUCCUUCUUGUGCUAUUUAUUCAUCAACGUUUCUUUCUAUUUUAUAUUUUCGCCUCUGAGCCGGAAGCGCGGAAUGGAUUUAUCUUUUUUAAUCGUUUAAUAUCGCAUUUCUCAUAUCGUUGAAGGAGGUUUAAGUUAUGAUUUAAGAAUGUUUCACAGAAAGUAAUAAGUAAUGCAAGACUUAUACCCAAAACUCACAUAAAUCAAGAGCUAACACUCA